CUUCAGAAAACACGUUUCAUGCAAACUGACAAUUCUCCAAACAUCAGCACAUGACGUCAUCCGACGAUUUCCAGCGACUUUGGGAGCGUGUCUCAGUUCCUUUCUCCUGAGAAGAGCAGGGAGCACUGGUCUCCUCACGUCUGAGUAAAGACCGACAUUACAGUUUAUGUUUUCCUGCUUGACUUGGCCAGUCAUGCAUAGCAAGAUGCUGAGGACACCGUCUGUGGCUUUGGCAAGCACUGCAGAUUCACUGAGUCCAGUGAAAACUUCGAAACUUCCCACAUUCCUCGUCAGUCCCUUAGAUCCUCAGAUUGGGAAAAGGACUUGUGCUGGACAUUUCUGCAUCAAUGAGGCAUAGCAGAAGACCCUACUCUGGUGCUUUUCUCAGGCCAUGCCAGAUGUCAAUGGCAGCGCUCUCACUGUCAACAUCACUACAGACGUUUUUCCUAUAAUUUUCAGUAGGACAAAGCCAUUUGGAAAGGUUUCAUAUGACCUAACAGAAAGACAUAACUCUCAGUAGAACAUAGCAGCAAGGCUGCAAAAACCUUGGUGACAUAUACCACACGUUUCAAGCUUUGCAAUAAUGUCAGAGAUGAAUCUUCUGGGUCAUAUGGGCUGUGUUGCUCUGUACUGUGUCCUGUCUCUGGUCAUGCCGGCGAUCCUGAGUGCCGAGUUCACUCUGGCCAGUGUGAGCGAGCACCAUAUCAUCAUCUGUACGUGCAUGCAGGACCUGGUAGCCUGCAGCAUUAUCAACUCCAGUGAGUGUGUUUGUCAUAACCACCCAUUCUCCAUGCUGGAGCACGAUGACAGCCCCAGCACAGUGACUUACAAGCGUCUGACAGUGUGGUACACCUCACCACUCAAUGUUGCACGUCUGCUGAACAACUCAGAGGUCCGCUACCUGGCACUGGCCAAGUGCAACUCAGCAAGAGGUACUUCACUAUCUGUUCACUACUUCACAGUGAGGAGGCUGGAGAGGCUGUACAUCUCAUACCCAUUCUGGAUGCCUGGGCAGAACCAUGACAUUGUGCUGGGUAGAGAUGUGGGCAUGCCUUACCACGAGGAGCCAAGGAUGGCUGUCAUUCACACGGAUGUGUUGGUGGGGAAGGCUGAGUUGAAAGCAUACACAGUGAAAACCAUGGUGGACAGCAAUGGCAUGACUCCAUUCCCUGAAAUGUUCAUGCCUAUGGAUGACCUUCCAGAUAUGUCCAGUAUAUUCGUAUCUUUCUUGUACUAAGUGGCAUUUGGAUGCAAAGUUUAUUAGAGGUGUUUAUCAAAAGUUUAAAUCUAGGACUUUUAAGGAUUCUUUGGUUUGUUUCGUCUGGGGGAACCCUUAAAGACAUUAACAUUUGUGGUUAAACUGCAAGAAAUGGGGUCAAGUUAACUACUCUAGUAUGAAAGAAGUAAGAAAUAGGUCUAAGUGAACUAAGAAAUAUUUGUAAUUCAUUACUUUAUUGAAUUUAUUGGGAAAUAAUCUAUACUGGAAAGGACCUACCUGGAUCACACGUUGGCUCUACAAUAGGCACAGACUCACCGAAAGUAGACAGUUGACGAUUGAAAAAAAUGUUGCUUGAUCUGCUGAAUUGCUAUUUUUGCUGUGACAUGCAGUUGGUAGGGUCAGAAUUUGGAGUCACCAACAUGAAUCCAUUGACCUAAUCUGUCUUGUGUCAAUAGUUCAGGCUGGUGGUGGAGGUGGUGUAAUAGUGUAGGGACACACUGGCACACAUUGGCUCUUUAAUAUCAAUCCAGCAUUGUUUGAAUGCCACAGCCUUUUUGAGUAUUGUUACUGACCACGUGCCUCCCUUUAUGGCUACAGUUCACCCAUCUUAUAAUAGCUACUUCCAUGAUUAUGCAUGAUGUCAUGAAGCACAAGUCAUCUCAAACUGGUUCCAUGAAUAUGACAAUGAGCUCAGUGUACUUCAGUGGCCUUCCCAGUCAUUAGAUCCGAUAGAGCACCUUUGGGAUAUGGCAGAACUGGAGAUUUGCAGAACAAAUGUACAGCUGAAAAAUGCACCAAUCCUGUGAGGAAAUCAUGUCAGCAUGGACCAAAAUCUCCAAGGAACGUUUCCAACACCGUGUGACAUCCAUGCCAUGAAGAAUUGAAGCUGUUCUCAGAGCAAACGGGGUCCUACUCAGUAUUAGUAUGGUGUUCCUAAUAAAGUGACAGUAGAUGCUUACUGUCUAAUAUCAAGUGUAAGACAAAUCUAGGCUCAUGAUACCUUACAGUCUUACAGUAACUGCUUCACCAAACAAGUGUAUCUGCCUUUAAUAAAAAACUCAUUUAGAGUUCCACUCAAAUAUUAGAGUAGAUAAUGAACAGGUCCUUAAACACAAACAUUCACAUAUCUUAUGGAACACUUGUUUAAUUUUUUAUUGCCAAAUGAUCUGCUUAUAUCGUAUGUCUAUUCUGCUGAUAUGCAUUAUUGCCACCAGUCACCAUUACUGUCAUUGUACAAAUAAGUACUCGGAUCAUACAGUUGUAAUGUGAAAUCAUAACACUAGCACAUAGUUAACCUGAAACAUUAUUAUUAAAGUUCACAGAUGCUCAAACCACAGACAGUAAAACAGUUGAUACAUGCAGUAACCUGAAAUCUUUGCAAAAUAUCUACAGUAUUAGGCAAAAGAAAUGAAGUUGCUUGCAAAAAUAAUGACAAUAAUGACAAGUUUAAGCCGUUUAAAAUAAAGUCCCAGGUCCCAGGUUAGUCCCAUACAGCCCUGAUGAUGUUUACAUACGAAACGUGGUGUAUUGCUUAAUAUACAACUAUAUAACUAAUAUUUAACAUAUGUCUCUGUAACAUUUUCUCUUUUCUGAUGCACAACUAUGGAAGAUGUUAACAUUUAUUACAAAAUGUAUGUUUCACAGUAUGAAGUAAGUUAUUUCAAUGGACUUAAAAGUAUUCUGCAAAGUUCCCCAUGUUCAGCCAGAUUGAAACACUGCACAGCUGUGUAACAGGGUCAGUCCACAAGGGGGAAGCAUUGUUUCAUACAGUAUACAUUCCUUCUCACUUAACCUGAAUUUGUAUAAAAACUGUAGGGUGAAAUAAAAAAGUAGAAAAUCUGCUCUUAAUAAUAUAGGGAAUAAUCUAAAGACAAUCAUUAUUACAGUCUUUCACUCCAUUGUAUUCUAUUUGUUCUAGUUAAAAUUUUAUUCCAUUUUUGUUCCUUGUGGCAAAAUUGAUAUUCAUGUUUACAAAGAAAAAUUUUGCUUUUAGUGUCUUUCUGGUUUUACUCUCUCAUAGACUGCUGGAUUUGUAAGAAUUACUCAGUCCAGUAUAAUUCAGAAAACUCAAAACUGGUCUAUUUGACAACACAGAUUAGGUUAAAUCUAGGACCUGUAAGGUUUCUUUGGAUUAGAUUUAUUAGAUUUCAAGCAGAACCCUUUAAGGAGGAUAUAAAAAAUCUUAA